AUGAGACUCACUUCUCGAGUAGCAAAAGCGUUGAGCGGCAAAACUGCGAUUGUCACUGCUUCUACCGAUGGUAUCGGAUUCGCUAUCGCGAAGCGAUUAGCGCAGGAUGGGGCCAAAGUUUGGAUCUCGUCGAGAAAGCAGGAAAAUGUCGAUUCUGCGCUUGAGGAGCUUCGGGGAAUGGAUUUGGAUGUUGAUGGAAUGGUCUGUCACGUGGGCAACAGAGAUCACCGACAUGAGCUGAUUGAGACGGUCAUGGAAAAAGACAAGAGCUUGAACAUUCUUGUUAGCAACGCCGCAGUGAAUCCAUUUUUCGGAAGCAUUCUCGACACUCCCGAAGCCUCCUGGGACAAGAUCUUCGAGAUCAACGUGAAGAACGCGUUCCAGCUUAUUCAAGAAUGCGUUCCGCAUCUCGCCCAAAACGAAAUGAGCAACAUCACAACUAUCGCCUCCAUCGCUGGUUAUCAGCCCAUGCCCAUGCUUGGCGCUUACUCUGUUUCAAAAACCGCUCUUAUUUCGCUUUCAAAAGUCCUGGCCAUGGAGCUCGCCGAUGAGGGCAUCAGAGUCAACACUGUCUGCCCAGGCGUCGUCAAGACCAAAUUCGCCGGCGCCAUCGUCGAGAUGGAAGACCAAGUUUCGCAGCAAUUCGCGCUGAAGCGAUUUGCUGUUCCAGACGAAAUGAGUGGCAUUGUGGCCUUUCUCUCCGACGACGAACGCGCGUCGUACGUUACUGGAGAAUCGUACACUGUAUCGGGCGGAGGAAACUUCCGACUGUAA